GCAGUGGUGAAUUUGGCUGGCGAUCAGGCAGUUCCCCAUAUGCUUGUCUUUUGGACACUGAAUACUAUAUCAGUACCCACCCUUUGUGAAGUCAUCCCUGGAUCUAUACUAAUAAUAGUGUUAUUGUACUCCACACAGCGUGGUGGUGCUGAGGAGCCAGCUCACUAGGCAAACUGGGACCACAGUGGCAAGAAGACUGUACAGUUCUCCAGCAGUUGGUGAUGCUGAGUAUGGGAAAACUGACGGUGUUAUCGAUUUACCCCUCUUCACCUCACAGACCCAGAUGCAGCCAGAUGAACCAGGUCACUACGGUAAACUGGACCACAGCGGCAAGAAGACGCCUGUGGCAUAUCCUGGCUCCUCUGAAUAUGGGAAACUAGACCGGUCCAGAUGGAAGAUCCUCUCCACUAUGGCAAACUGGGACCAUCCGGGAAGAGAGGAGCCACUCUACCUGACCCAGAUGCAGGCUAGUGGCAGCUCUGCUAGAGGUGGUGACAUGUACGACACAGUGUCCCAUGAACCUCGUCACAAAGUCCCUUCCUCAAAGUCGAAGAGACAGCACUCUAGCAGUGGUGAGGAGGCCUCUCUACCGUAGUCACAUGUGCGUUCAUCAACAGCACACCACACCACUCUAAACACUCCAAACACUCUUCUAUAUCCCACUUGCUAGACAAAACUCCUUCAGAAACUCUUAGAUGUGCCCCACUUUACACCUCUGUUCCCACAGUGGCACUAGCUCAGCUGUUAACUAUAUAUAAGUGGUAAAGAGAUGACAAUUGUUACUGUCUUACUGUUUUGCAGCAAAUUUAUAUACCACAGUAUCUAGUGAGUUUUUGGAGACGAUAUC